CACACCCACAUGAUUUUUAUUAUUAUUUUAACCACAUCUCAAAUAUUCCGGCUCUAUUUGACUAUCUCUCUUUCUCUCUCUUCCUAUAUAUAAUUGUUUUCUCAUACGUAAAUUUCCUCAAACUUAAAAACCAAACCACUUUUUGUAUUCUCUCUUAUCUAUUUCUUAGUUUUUCUGUCAAAACAUUUUACUGGAAGAAGAGGAGAAAGAAGAAGAAGAAAGAUUAUUAUUAAUUAUCAUUAUGGGGAACUAUGUUUCGUGCAGUUUGGCGACGCCUUUGAUGAAAAAUUCCAAAGCAGUGAGAGUGGUUUUCCCAGGCGGCGAAGUGCGACAGCUCCGGGAUCAGAUCGUCAAGGCGGCGGAGCUCAUGUUGGAAUGUCCCAAUUUCUUCUUAGCCAAUUCAAAGUCUCUUCACAUCGGCAGACGAUUCUCCGCCCUAGCCGCAGACGAGGAAUUGGAAUUCGGUAAUGUCUACGUCAUGUUCCCGAUGAGAAGAGUCAACUCCAUCGUCACCGCCGCCGACUUGGCUGUGUUUUUCAUGGCUGCCAACUCCGCCGCCAAAAGGAUAUCGGGCGGAAAAGUUAGAAUUUUACCUGAGUCCGGCGCCGGCAAUGGAAAAGUAGGUAAUUUUGUUGAGCAGAGCGGCGGCGAUGAAGAUCAGGAGAAGGGGCAAACGACGUCGUCAUUGAGUUUUGACGGACUUGAAGCGUUCGAUCAAAUUGUGCCGGAAUUUAAGUACAGAUUAGCUGCAUGCAGAUCCAGGAAACCUAUGCUGGAGACCAUAAAAGAAGAGCCAAUUCGUUUAAGAUAAAAAUUAUUUUCCAACUCUAUUAAUUGGUAGGAAUUAAAAUUUAAUUUCAUGAUUUUGUUACUUCUUUUUCUUUUCCUUCAUAUACAUAUAUAUAAAUUGGUUUAUCCUUUUUAAUUAGAAAACAUAUAUUAUAUAAAUAGACUUAGUCGACAAUUCUGUAUCAUGUAUAUUAGUCAGAUUUUGUUAUUUGUGACUAGAUUGGUUUUGAUUAUCAGUAAUUAAGCCAGAGAGUGUAUAUCUGGGAUUUAUUUUUGAAAAAAUGAGCAAAUAUUUCUCAUUGAAAAGUAUAUAUAUACUUUAUUGAUCAUCAAAGUGAUUAAUGUAUAAAUGGAAUGAGUUUUAAGUUUUA